CAAAAUUAAUGGAGAUGUAGUUUCGGUCCGUCACGUGAUUUAUGCCGUGUCGUAGCGACGCAGUGAUACAUCUUGCAGCGACUUUAAUCUUUGAGAGGCCAGCCCGGAAGACUAACGUCAGGCGAUGAUGAUGCGGUAAAUCAACAGGGGGAGUUUCCUGUCUCACCGCAGGAAUGCCGGGUGGAGACUAUGGGGAACUCGGGGGCAGCCUCCCUGCCAUCGCCUCCCUGAACGCUUCCUACUCCACGUCCCUGUCCCUUCCUUCCCCGUACCUGUUGGUGCCACCCGCAGAGCGCAAGGCCAUCUCCGAUGUCCGCCGCACCUUCUGUCUCUUCGUGACGUUCGACCUGCUCUUCAUCUCCCUUCUGUGGAUUAUUGAGCUGAAUGACUCCAACUCAAUCUGGGAGAACUUAAAAAAUGAGGUCGUCCUCUAUGACUACAGGUCUUCCUUCUUUGACAUUUUUCUCCUCGCCUUGUUUCGUUUCCUGUGUUUACAAGUGGGUUACGCUGCUUUUCGGUUGAAGCACUGGUGGGUUAUUGCAGUUACCACUCUUGUGACCAGCGUCUUCCUCGUUGUUAAGGUCAUUCUAUCGAGUCUUCUGUCCCAGAAUGCCUUUGGCUAUGUCAUACCCAUCACUUCCUUUGUGGUGGCCUGGCUGGAGACCUGGUUCCUUGACUUUAAGGUGCUCACUCAAGAGGCUGACGAUGAUAGAGCCUACUUAGCGGCAGUGAACGCAGCCUGCGAACGAGCCCCCAUGAUCUACCCUCGAGCCGUUUCAGAUGGACAGUUUUACUCUCCACCUGAAUCCGUUGCAGGCUCUGAGGAGGAUCUGGAUGAGGAGGGUCUUGGACGCAGAGCUGUCACAGCACAGGAGAAGGAGUAUGUCCGGCAGGGUCGCGAGGCCAUGUCUGUGGUCGAACAGAUCCUAGCACAGGAGGAAAACUGGAAGUAUGAAAAAAGCAAUGACAUGGGAGACUCCGUCUACACUCUGGAGAUUCCCUUCCAUGGAAAGACUUUCAUUCUCAAGGCCUUUAUGCAGUGUCCUGCUGAGCUCGUGUAUCAGGAAGUGAUUCUCCAACCGGAGAAGAUGGUCCAGUGGAACAGAACGGUUUCUGCCUGCCAGAUCCUUCAGAGGGUUGAUGACAACACUUCAGUGUCAUAUGAUGUCUCCUCUGGAGCAGCAGGGGGAGUUGUGUCUGCGAGGGACUUUGUUAAUGUUCGCCGGGUGGAACGCAAACGAGAUUGCUACCUGUCUGCUGGCAUGGCAACAGACCACGAAGCCAAACCUCCGUGCGGUCGCUUCGUCAGGGGAGAGAACGGUCCGGGAGGAUUUGUGGUGCUCAAACCCAGCAGUAAUCCGUCCGUCUGCACCUUCAUCUGGGUUCUCAACACAGAUUUAAAGGGCCGACUGCCCCGCUACCUCAUCCACCAGAGUCUGGCCGCCACCAUGUUCGAAUUCAUGUCUCAUUUACGCCAACGUAUCGCUGAGCUGCGGCCCUCUCUCCGCUCCCACCACCACACUUAAAAAACAGGGGAGACGUCUGACUGUGCCACAGCUGGUUGAGAGGCAUCACUCCUGUUUCCUUUUAAUGGACCCCAAAAAUGGGCGUAGCAGCACCCUCGGCUGAAGGGAUGUGCUACUGUAACUGAGCAGACUGCACUUCAAAGCAUCGGAGAUGUGAGACAUGUGACCUCACAUUCACCACAUUUCAGUUACAUCAGGAGAGCAGUUUUUCAGAUUUCACAGGCGAUGUUCCUGCUCAUCGUUUAACUUCAACGUUGUUGUUUUUUAAGUGUGAUCACAUGCAUAUUUUUACGUGGACCUGUAACUGUUUUGCUGUGUCCCUCUCCAUGCAAUGAGAACGUUCCCUGAACCUGCCAAGUCAUCAUGUGGCAGGUUGGAUAUCACUGAAGCAAGAAAACCUGUGAUUCUCUCUGUCUGGACAUCUGUCUCACUUGUUACAAAAGAACUGUUGCAAUGGCAUGAAGCAGCCGUCUCUCUCUCUGAGCCUUAUCUUACUGCACACAUAGCCAUUGAUUUGCGGCUUUUUUUAAAAGAUAAUUUUGUGUAUGUUUUCACUUCAAAAUCUGAGAGAUGUUUUUCUGGUGCACCUGCCUUGAAACAAAUCCACACAUCACAGCCAUAUUUCCAACAAACACCCAAGUCUAUCACCACUAGAGGGAGACACCACUGAUCCACAUAGAGAAAGCCUCUAAGUUUGGCAUCAUCUAUCCCAGGGUGCAAAAAUCUAUCAGCUCACAUUUAAUUAAAUAUCACUGAUUGUUUUUAAUACUGCUUUUUUUUUUGCACUUUGGGAUCAGCCAGAGAGUCGAACCAGGAGUCAGAUCAGGAGGCUGUUAUUCUGUGUUGCAAAGGCAUUAUAAAGCUCAUUAAGACAAAUGAAGGAGAUGUUAAUGAUGUUCACAAAUUAGGCUGCUGUAUACUUACUAAAGCUAUCUUUGGUGCCAAUAACCUCCAGUGGCCUUACGGUAAAAUAGCUGAGUCAUUAUGUGUCAUUAGAAGUUAAUUACUGUACUGAUAUGAUUUCUAUUGACUUUGGUUGUGGCCUCGCCUCGGGCCCUGAGAUGUGACACUGAAUGAGGUUUUUUUUACCGUUCCUUGCAUCACGGAGCAUGACUUUUGUUUUAAUUGAUUAGAAUUUUGAUUUCUGGCUUGUUAAGUUUUAGCUUUGUUUCAGAGACUGUACCUCAGAAAGUCAUAGUUUAUCAUUGCACAUGUAAUGAAAACUCAAAAAUGAAUGGGAUAUGGCUGUUGGUUCAAAUGACUCUGGAGUUGAAUCAAAGAGAGUGACUUGUUCUUCCUUGGGCUUUUCAGUCUUGAGGAAAAAAAGGCCUGAAGCAACUUUGUCGAGCUGUUCACACGUUGAAGAACCAUAUUCGGGGGUGUAACUGUGACGCUGUGACUGUGAUGUGAUCAUUUACCACAUCACACUCACUUCAUGGCCACACAGCCUUCAGGCGUUGUCCUUUGUAAGCCAAUGUAUUUGUGAAUGCUGCGAUCACAGUCUGAAAUUAUUCCUUCUCAUGAAAUCUAAAACAAGUGGCCGUUGGAUUGAUUUUAGCUACAUACUGUACUGAGAGAAUGUCAAAUGAAAGUGAUUAAUGAUAUCAACAGUUUGGUGCCUUUAUCACGGUAACAUUACACGUCAGCCUUUUCUUUUGCUUUGCAUUUAUUUUGUAUUGUUAAAUCAAUGCUCAAUACCUUCAGCAGAGUUAUACUGUAUGCAUAUUAAGCCUGCUUUCAGCACUUGUUUUUUUUGUUAACUGUUUUUUUUUUUUAAAAUAAGUGUCUAUAGAUCAUUCAUCAAACAUGUUAAUUUAAAGCCAUCACAAACUGACCAACUGUUUGAGUCUUAACCAGUGUCUUAUGUCUAAUAAAAUAUAUAAAUUGA